UACAGCUUCUGCAAGUGGAGAGGAGCAGUUGAACAGAUUUGCAGGCUUUGGUAUUGGCCUUGCAAGCCUAUUUACAGAAAAUGUGUUGGCACACCCUUGCAUUGUUCUACGCCGUCAGUGUCAGGUUAACUAUCAUGCUCGGAAUUAUCAUCUCACUCCAUUUACUAUUGUCAAUAUUAUGUACAGCAUCAAUAAGACACAGGGUCCAAGAGCUCUCUGGAAAGGAAUGGGCAGCACUUUCAUUGUUCAGGGCAUAACCCUGGGAACAGAAGGCAUCAUCAGUGAAUUUACACCUUUGCCAAGGGAGCUUUCACAUAAAUGGAACCUCAGUCAGAUAGGUGGACACCUUCUACUCAAAGGUUUAACACAUGUGAUAGCAAUGCCUUUUUAUUCUGCAAGCCUGAUUGAGACUGUACAGAGCGAAAUCAUUCGAGAUAACCCUGGCAUCCUGGACUGCGUGAAAGAAGGAAUCGGCAGAGUUGUGGGCUUGGGAGUACCCCAUAGCAAGCGUCUCCUUCCUCUGAUGGUCUUGACUUUUCCAACUGCCCUACAUGGAGUUCUUCACUACGUCAUCAGUUCCAUCGUCCAGAAGCUCGUUUUGUUUUUUCUGAAAAGGGAUAGUUCCCACAACCUUCCAACUGAGAGCUCCACUUCUGUGCAGAGCAUGCUGGACGCGUAUUUUCCGGAACUUAUUGCUAGCUUUGCUGCUAGUCUCUGUGCUGAUGUCAUGCUUUAUCCACUGGAGACAGUUUUACACCGCCUUCAUAUUCAAGGGACACGCACAAUAAUUGACAAUACAGACCUUGGCUAUGAAGUGCUUCCAAUCAAUACUCAGUAUGAGGGAAUGAGAGACUGCAUAAAUACCAUAAAACGGGAAGAAGGCAUGCUAGGUUUUUAUAAAGGGUUUGGAGCUGUUGUAGUACAGUAUACCUUGCAUGUGGCAGUUUUACAGCUUACCAAAAUUAUUUACUCGAUGCUGCUUCAAAACGUCUCUUAAUCUGUUCAGGUGUGGAUUUAGCACUGUGGACAUGAUUGACUUACUAACCUAAUUAUUCUUUCAAGCUUCUUAGAACAGGAAGUUUGAAGAAUCCGCCCUGCGGAUUCUCCUUACACUGUAAAAGAACUUGUUUUAAAAAUGGGGAUAUAGAUUACUAAGUGUAA